CUUUCCCCCGUGUGCAGACGUCCCAAAUCAUACCACCACAUUCUCGCGUCGGCCAUUCACCCUGCCGCUCGUCAGACACGCCGUUUCGCGCCGAGUGAUGCUGAUGCCUGGAGACUCGCGCACUGCGGUAGAAAGACGGCGCCAGAUACUAUAUCAUCAGGAACAUCAUCACGGUCGCUUUUGAACCUUCAACAUCGCCUUCAUAAUCGCCUACUCGGGAAGCAUCUUUUGUGGAUGCGUGUGAUAGAGGCAACCCCCGCGUGGGGUCGGCGCCCGAAGCUAACAUGUGCAUAGCAACCUAAGGCUAGAUGGCCGCUCAAAACGCGGAGAACCUGUCUCAGGAACUUAUAAAUCCGCGCCUCUUGGAAUCUAGGUUCUCGUGUAUCCUCUCAAUCAUGGUUAAUGAUACCCACCCACUCCCUCUCCCGGGGCUCCAUCCAUUCCUCAUUCCAUUCUGGUUAACAACUUGCAUGAGAAACAAUUUGUAUCCGGCCUUUUUUUGAGGAUGUUCUUCCGGUCCCACUAAACGAGCCAUACGUCUGAGUCCGCCGGAGGAAUGGUGGCCGAGGCACCCAGAGAGUUUUCGGAAUUCAACACUCACAGCGCCAAUCCGGAUGGGAGCGGCGCUGGGUUGUCCAAGAGUGCAAUUGGUGGACAUGAUGUGACUGAUCACACCCAGAAGAUCUCACGUGGGUUUGAGAAAUUCAAACGGCAACCACUAGAAACCCUUGCAUCAACUUCAAGCCCAGCCUCUAUAAGAGCUCGCGAGCCUAAGCACCCGACUUGGAAAGAUGACAAAUUUCGAUUCGGGCUGAUAUCUUCGACCGGUGCUCUCUAAGCUGGAUUUAGGCUGCUUGACCGAGUCCUUUUUACGAAGCGGAGUCGGACAACGUCCUUGAUUCGUCAGAUUGCAGUCUAAUCUUGCGAGGAUCUUUCGAAGACCACCGCGAGAGUAUGCUGCUCGGUGCAAGAGUCUGGCUUCCGCUCAGCACGUGCUCCACCAAUGUGCUUAAUUUUAUGCUGCACCUUCCAAGCCGACCCAAUCGAGCAUAAUAUCGGUCAGAGUCGGAGGAGCACCGAUUAUUAUCGUAUCUCUCCGGGUAACUGCACUGUUUCGCGGAGAGGCAGGGCGUCCCGAAUCCGUCCGAGCUCCCGAUAACUAGUGCCUCAGAUGUGACAAUCAUCUACAAUAUAAAACAGGCAGUAGCGCCUGCUCACCCCAAUCAUUGCACUCACUCAACAUGGGGGAGCCCAAGGGUAAAUCGGUCGACGACUCGGUAGCUGACUUCAUGCUGGGCGGUGUCGCUGCUGCCAUAUCCAAGACGGGGGCAGCACCCAUCGAACGAGUCAAGUUGAUGAUCCAAAAUCAAGGUGAACUCAUCAAGCAAGGCCGACUUGCGACACCUUACAAAGGCAUCGGGGAUGCCUUUAUGCGAACGUACAAGGACGAAGGUCUGGUCGCUCUCUGGCGAGGCAAUGGCACCAAUGUCCUCCGUUACUUUCCAACGCAGGCACUCAACUUUGCGUUCAAGGACUACUUCAAGGCAUUGUUUGGGUUCAAGAAGUCGGAAGGCUAUUGGACUUGGUUUGCCGGAAACAUGGCCUCGGGAGCUGGAGCCGGCGCAGCCUCGUCCCUUUUCGUCUAUUCUCUCGAUUAUGCGCGAACACGUCUGAGCAGUGACGCCAAGUCCACCAAGCCUGGAGGCACCCGCCAAUUCAACGGUCUGCUCGAUGUCUACAAGCAGACCCUCGCCACCGAUGGCGUUCGCGGAUUGUAUCGUGGGUUUGGCCCCUCGAUCGUCGGGAUCAUGGUCUACCGGGGGACUUAUUUCGGAUUCUACGAUUCACUGAAGCCGACUGUGUUGGUGGGACCUUUGGAGGGUUCCUUCCUUGCGUCCUUCGCUCUGGGCUGGGUCGUCACGACUGUUGCCGGCAUUGCGGCUUAUCCGAUGGACACGGUGCGACGCAGGAUGAUGAUGACCUCCGGAACUGGCGUCCACUACAAAUCGACGUUGGAUGCGGCUCGCCAGAUCAUGGUAGGUGAAGGUCCCAAAGCUCUCUUCAAAGGCGCAGGUGCAAACAUCCUGCGUGGAGUUGCCAGUGCUGGUGUCCUCGCUAUCUACGACAAAUUCCAGGCUCUCAUGUUCAACGGAAAAGUCUACUCUGGGGGUUCCGGUUGAGAGGAACAAGAAAUGUGGAACAUUUGGCACAUUCAUAUAUCAUAGCAUACUUACAGUACACAGUAUCAGAAAUCACAAAUGGCAAUUGUUUCUCACGGUCGUUGAUUUUCCUCUCUUCCCUUGACGUGCCUAUAGAGCGCGUUCGCCAUCCAUAUGCUUCGACUCUGUGCGCAGCAGACAUGUAAACACACCGGGGCAAGCUCGUCCGCGCUGUUCCACACCUCGGCGGCAAUAUACGCAGCGUCCCCCGCUCGACUCCGCUCUCGCGCUCUCAAGCGGAAGCAAAGCAUAGAAGAGAAGGCCCGGCGCGAACGGUACCUCGAGGAAACGCGGCCCAGUCCCAUUCUCGGCACCCGGCCAAACGACUUGGAUAAAUGGCAGCAGUGCAAAUUGGCGCAGACCCUUGUCGACGAAUCCUGGCUCACUCAGCCAUUCGACCCGGAACGUGUUCUCUCUGCGCAGGCCGCUCGUUUCGGCGCUUUAGCGGACGCCGACGCACCAGAGAGCGCUGGCGUAGUGAAGACCAACGGUGACGCGAAGAGCGCGAGCGAAACAAAGAGCCCCGUUGGCAAGAAAGAGAGCCAGACAGACAAGCAGGAGAAUGGGCAAGAUAAGGAGAAGCAGGCUCCGUUCGUCUUGUACCGAGCGUUUGGAAUUGGGCCUGCGGAGGAGAAAUUGCUAUUCCGCGACCUUCCUAAAUUCAUUGAUGCGUCCAAGGAGGUUGAGAUGAGGGCAACGCCUCCAUCGACGGCGACGGCGACUGCUGGAGGCACUGAGGUUCCCACUGCGGUCCUGGAAAGCCCGUAUAAACUGGAGAAGGCCCUUGAAGUUGCCGCAAAGAAGCAGGCUAUCAUCACGGCCAACUUUGAACGGCUCACUGACCUCAGGAACUCUGACGCUGCGGGAAUAGCGUACGAGAAUCGCCGGAGGAUCAUCUUGGCCUUUUCUACGCCGCAAAAUCCCUUCGACCCUGGCCGCACCGAAGUACAAAUUGCGAUACUGACCUAUCGGAUCCGAAAACUGUUCGACCACUUGGCCAGAUGCAAGCAUGACGUGCAGAACAAGCUUUCGCUGCGGAAGGUUGUGCACCAGCGAGCGAAGUUGCUCCGUUAUCUCAAGCGGACGCAGCGGAUCCGCUACGACGAGCUGUUGGAGCAGAUCGGUCUUGAACCGGAGUCUGCGGAGGGCGAACUUGCCGUCGAAUAGUUAGUUCUCUGCACGCGUUGAAUAGCAUCCUGGUGUUUUCACACUACACGUCAAACCCUCCAUCGGAAUCUGUCGAAGUGCCAGGUGACCGUGCGGCGGCGUGAUGCUAGCUUGUAUCUCCCUAUGUACUUACUACCCUUGUGUCGAUGUCCGCGUCGAUCCAUCCAUCCCUACUAUCGCCUCCAUGGUGGUCUAUGAUUCCCCUUUUGGAAGCAGCCAAGGUUAUCAGCAGUCCGAUAUGCGCGUCUGAAGCCGACAUGCCAACCCCUGGCUCCGCUUGUCACUUACCACCACCAUGUCGCUGCGGCCGAUCGUGUACUACGGCUCCGUGAUAAAUCCGGUCUCCUUGACGUUAUUCAAGGCCCUGCCUGCUUGUCUCCUGGCUGUGGGCGGAGAUGGAAAUAUCGCAUGGGUCGACGAGGACGUUCCGGCUUCUGGGAUCCAAGAGGUUCUGGCCGCUCACGGCUUUGAGGACGUCGAGGUCGUUUGUUUGCGGGACGGGGAGUUUAUUAUGCCUGGAUUCGUCGACACUCAUACACAUGGUCCGCAAGUCCCUAAUAUGGGCAGUGGGCAACAGUAUGAGUUGCUGGAAUGGCUAGAAAAGAUCACAUUCCCCAUGGAAUCGAGAUUUUCUGAUCCCGCGUUCGCCCAUGCGACGUAUUCGUCCGUUGUUCGCCGAAUGAUUGAUGCGGGAACAACGACCUGCUGCUACUACGGAACUCUCCAUGUGGAGGGGACCAAAAUCCUAGCGGAUAUUGUACAUCGCCAGGGACAACGAGCUUUUGUCGGGAAAUGCAACAUGGAUCGCCACGCUCCUUCGCAUUAUGUCGAGGACUCGGCCGAAGCGUCCAUUGUGGCUACCAAGAGCCUCGUGUCCCACAUAGAUAAACUCGGAUCGCCGGACACGCGCCUUGUGCAUCCCAUCCUGACCCCGCGCUUUGCGAUCACAUGCUCAGACGACUUGCUAGCGUCCCUGGGCGAGAUGGCUGCGGCUGAUCCGACGCUCCGGAUCCAGACGCACGUCUCAGAGAACCCAGCGGAGGUGGUCUUUGCCAAGGCGCUCUUCCCGGAGCGCCCGUCGUACACCCAUGUGUACGAUCACUUUGGGCUGUUGCGGAACAACACCAUUUUAGCGCAUGCGAUUCAUCUCGAGGACGAGGAGAUCCACCUCAUCGCCGAGAAGCACGCUGGGAUCAGCCACUGCCCGACGAGCAACUUUAAUCUGAACAGUGGGAUUGCGCCGGUGGGCGUCUAUCUGGAUCAUGGGAUCAAAGUGGGACUUGGCACAGACGUGUCUGGUGGAUACUCGCCGUCGAUCUUGAAUGCGAUCCAGAACUGCAGCAUUGCUUCCAAGGUGCUUGCGAUGCAAUCACGGGCAGAUCCGGGCGAAGAAGGCUUCACAAACAAGCAGCUUUCAGUGGCCACGUUACUGUAUCUAGCAACCGAAGGAGGGGCCCGUGUCUGUAGUCUCGACAACAUCGGGACCCUGGACGCGGGCAAGAGCUUUGAUGCGCUGAUCGUCAAUGUGGGUGCGAGCGCAACAAACCCAGCGAUUUGGUCCUCUCCGAAUUCGCUGCCAGCCAAGCUGGAGCAGUUCUUCUUCUGCGGAGACGACAGGAAUAUUGCCCGGGUUUAUAUCCAAGGUAGAUUAAUAGGUGGAACUUCAUUUACAUCAUAAGCCUGCUUCAAUGAGAU